CCCCUGCUGGGUUACCCCGCUUCGGACCCUUACCCGAGAGUGCAAAACAAGAAACUGUACCUGGUCACGUUCGCUGCUGUCCUGGGACCGCUUAGCUUUGGCUUUGUGCUAGGCUAUAGCUCACCUGUUAUUCCAGAAUUGAGGGAAAUCAACGAUCCUAAACUGAGAUUGGACAGCAAUCAAGCCUCGUGGUUUGGUUCAGUAGUAACUUUAGGAGCUGCUGCCGGAGGAAUACUAGGAGGCUAUCUUGUGGAUAAAGUUGGGAGAAAGCUGAGUCUAAUGCUGUGCUCAAUACCAUAUGUUUUUGGAUACACACUUAUUAUAUCUGCUCAGAAUGUUUGGAUGCUUUAUAUUGGACGACUGCUGACAGGGUUAGCCAGUGGAAUUACUUCACUUGUUGUUCCAGUGUAUAUAUCUGAAGUAUCUCAUCCUAAAGUCCGUGGUAUGCUUGGCUCUUGUGUUCAGUUGAUGGUGGUGACUGGCAUACUGGGAGCCUAUGUGGCAGGAAUGACACUGCAGUGGCGCUGGCUGGCAGUGUUGUGUUCUCUCCCGCCCUGCGUGAUGCUGCUGUUGAUGUCCCUGGUGCCUGAGACGCCGAGGAACAGCCGCUGGGAAGCCAUAGCUGCUCUGUGCUUCCUGCGGGGACCACACGUGGACCACGAAUGGGAGUGCAGGCAGCUUGAAGCUGGUGUUCAGGAAGAGGGACUGAAUCUCUCUGAAUUUAAGAAUCCCUCAGUCUACAGACCACUUCUUAUUGGUGUGGCUCUAAUGUUCUUCCAGCAAAUGACAGGCAUUAAUGCAGUCAUGUUUUACGCAGAAACUGUCUUCGAGGACGCAAACUUCAAGAACAGCAGAAUGGCUUCUGUUGUUGUGGGUUCCAUACAAGUAUGUUUCACUGCUGUGGCUGCUCUUGUCAUAGACAAAGCUGGACGAAAAGUGCUGCUUUACAUAUCUGGGAUAAUUAUGGCGCUCAGUACUGCAUUGUUCGGGCUUUACUUUAAAAUGGUUCUUCCAAAUCAAAACAACUUAGCAAAUCCCAAUGUUUGGUUCACACCAAAUUCAGCAUCCUUAGGAACAGAAAGCAGCAUAUCCUGGCUUGCAGUUGUUAGCCUAGGGCUCUUCGUUGCUGGUUUUGCCCUUGGCUGGGGCCCUGUUCCAUGGCUGGUGAUAUCUGAAAUCUUCCCACUUAAAGCUAGAGGCAUAUCGAGUGGUGCUUGUGUGUUAACAAACUGGAUUAUGGCCUUCUUGGUAACCAAGGAAUUUUACAAUUUUAUCGCUUUCUUAACAUCCUAUGGCACAUUCUGGCUCUUCUCUGCCUUCUGCUUCCUCAAUAUAACUUUUACAGCCUUUUAUGUCCCUGAAACAAAAGGGCAAACCCUGGAACAAAUUGAGGCCUACUUCAGAAGACCUUAA